CUCAUAACCAUUUGGUCUGAAUACUUUUCUUUGACCAACUCGAAUCAUUGAGAGCAUUUCAAACUAGUCACCACCUUUGUCUACCAGCGACACGACUGCAUUUUCUUUCAUAUAAGCAUAAUCGUACCAACUGAUCAUUCUCAAUUCUGCAUACAACAUCAUGCCCGAGUCCAUUUUCGGCUCACCUUCUCAUCUUUUAACUACCGGGCUCGCACCUGAUUCAGCGCAGACUGGCAAUGGAGUCCGUAUGCCGGCCCCUGUUCACCAACCACCACCUAGUUUUACAGAUAUCCAAUUCGAUACCAUCGGAAAACCGCCCGGUUUACUCAGCCGCAUUUCUGCGCCUGAUCCGGGCCAGAUGUCCUUUCGUUCUCUUUCACCAGUGACGUUGUAUCCCCCACCCCCAGUGGCCACUCGUGCCCCAGCUCCAAACUCUCGAACGCUAGCAGAGCGGAUUCAGGCAGGUCCUUCACAGAUCAACCCGUCAGCGAAACCCCAAAGUUUUCACCCAACAAAGGAACCGCGAAUAAAUCGCAACCGUCACGUUCCCGCAAACCCUUUCGUUUCGUCAGGCAAUCUAAUUCCUCCAAUCGAGGUUCUCCCGAUUCCUUCCGAGUCAAACACAUCGCAAAUACAGGCUGCAAAUGCUGACCCCAACACAGUCAGACAGGCAUUAACACCCGAGCUUGUCUAUCCCGCCCCAUCACUUGUAACUCCUACCACUCCACAUUCCAAUAGUGGCAUUUCGACAUCGUCCAAUCUUUCUGGGUCGCCCAAACUAAAUUCUUCCUCGGGGCUCCUUCCUCAACCAACUCCAAGUCCAAUCUCGUCGACGCUAUCAGCAUAUCGUUCUCCGAAUCUUCAAAUGUCCAGGAUCAAUUCAAGCCAGGUUCCAGAUGUUGCGCAGCCUAAAGCACCUCAACAGCAAGUCGCACAAGACCCAUCGUCCGCUAUUUAUGCCCAACUUCGAGAAAAGAGCAAUGCUUUAGCAUCAUUUGCCCUUCCUACGUCGCUUUUCAGAACCCCGUCCCCAUUUUCAGCGCCUCUGAAUAUAUCCCAGUUAGCUGAUGGCCUUCGCAGUGACACGAAUGCUGCGGAGCUUAGCACCAUUGUACUUCGACAUCCGUAUCCUCAGAGCAAGUCCGCAUCAAAUGGUCCCACGGAUCAAGAAUUAUCGGCCAAUGAUGGCAACGCACUUGCUCUGACAAGCUCGAAAACUCCAAAUAUGUCAGCUUCGCGGAGCACCCACAUUGAAUCAUUUGUCGAAACCGUGAAUAAGCUCAAAGCCGUCGCCGAAGGUGCUGUCAAAUUGCAGCGUGAUGCGGACCGAGUGUUUGAGGCAGAACGUACGGCAUUCGACGAACGCCGAAAAGCUUUCGAGGAACGCAUGCUCGCGAGGGAGGCGGAAUGUCAGGCACAGACGCAAGCAAUACACAAGCAAAUGGAGGAGUUGCGCGCCAGGGAGAGGAGACUCGUGGCGCUGGAGGAGGAAUCACGACUCCGAGAGGAGACGAGGCGCGCUCGAGAUGCUCAGCGCCGUGCGCGAGAUGACCAGCGAAAUCUUGAGGACGAGUCAAGACGGGUGGCCCUCCAGAAAGAGAUUUCUGACACGAUGAACGUUAUCGAACAAGCAAAGGCCGUGAAGACACAGUGGCACGAAGAAAAAGAGCAAGAAAGGACUCUGGCUCAAAACGACGCACUGCCACUCCAGCUUUCUGCUGAUAUCGAGCCUUGUAUCGAGAAGGAGGAUGGAAUGAAUGAAGAAGAGAUCAAGGCCGUCGACGCCCAUAACAGGUCUUUGGUUCAUCGAGCCAAGUUGGUCGGGAAGCUGAAAAAGCAAAUCACUUGGACUCGUCAAUCUUUCGAAACUAUCCAACAUAUGAAGGUGACGCGUUUGCAGGCCGCCGAAGCAGAGCGUUGCCGAGUUGCGGAAGAGGCAGAGAGGCAGAGAGUCCUGGCUGAACAGGCUGUCAAAUGGGUUGACGAAGAACAGCUGCGGCGCAAAGAGAUCCUUUCUCAGCAGUCAGCACAUGCAGAUAUACAGUCGCAGAAAACCCAAGUCGAUACGCAGGCUGAAUAUAACAGGCGUCGCGCUCAAGUGCUUGCGAACAGACAGCAGACUACCUCGGAAAAUGCUGCUCGCAUCCGCGCUGAGCGUGCCGGACACAUUGUGGUCCCUACGACAGAUGGUGAUGGCCCGGAAGAUAUGGAUGCGGAGAUAGACGUCGAUGAAUUAGCAUCGCCGCUCGAACAUACUGUGCCAUUGCCGGGUCAAAAAGGUGCUGCUUCACGGAAGCCCGCCUCGCCGACAAAGAAGACCUCUAGUUCUCAGGGAACAUCGGGCAAAGUCAUGCUUGGUGCGCCGUCAACCACUGCAUCUCGUCUCUCAGAGGGUUCCCCUUCAUCCUCAAUGUCGACACCCGUAACAUCAUCAGCUGCCCCAACCUCCUAUAAGACACCUUCGUUUGUGUCGGCUUCCACUGACGUCGGGAGACAGGUGGACACGGAUGCACCUUUUCAUCCAACUCAAAUGGCUUCUGAGUUGCAUUUGUCCGUCUCCCCCCCAUCAAAUGGAUCACUUCCGACUUCCAAAAAGAUUGCGUUACCCAGCACUCCAAAGUCACGCACCAUCCUCGCUAGCGAUAUCAAUGAAUGUAUCGAAUGGACUCUCGGUCCCGAGGCGACUCUCUCACCGGCUCACCGAGAUGCAAAUUUGCGACACAUCAAGAAGAACAGACACCGCGUUGAGGAGAAUGCUGCUGGAGACCGGAGUGUGAAGCUACCUGUUGAUGUACUCCCUAUGAAGACGAUCAAAACGGAAGAAGUGUCGGUCAGGGAGUCACAUGAUCAAGAACGGAGUAGCAGCCACCCUGAGGGAGCAUCCGCGCGAUCUACGGAUGCCGUGGUUCUCAUUCAAAACCACAAUCCGUCGUCCCCUCAGGCCAUUUCAAACACCAAUGCAUCUCACUCGAACGAAGCCCGUCAGACUUCUGCCGAACUCGUCAUUAAAGCGCCAAAUUCAACUUUGCGUGCUGAUGCUCGAGUUGGUUCAGCAGGUACAUCAGUGUCCAUGUCAGGGCUCGCACCAAUACGAAACAGCCCAGAUCCCUGGAUCAUGGAUGCCUCUGUGGUUCGUCAGGAAUGGACUACAGAUCCCAUCUCCCCUUAUUCUUAUUCUGAACCAUCGGAAUCUGCCUCUCGUUAUGAUCCCAACCAGCACUAUCAGCAAAAUUCUCAUACCAGUGGACGAACGAGAUCCCCAGAACCCCCGGGGUUUACCCGCAGUAAUGGUGGUAGCGGCGAGUCUCGUAGACAGCAUCAGCGAGGUGUUCCCCGUCAUUCGGACCAUUACACUCCCCCUCCAACAUCUGCAACAUCGUCUCAUCCUCGGCACUUUGAAAAGAAUGAGGCCGGAGCUUACGGUUCUGCUCUUCCUCCCCGUCCAAUGUCGCCCAUGCAUAGCGGCAGGAAGAGGGCAGCAGAACACGAUAACGAAGAUGACAAUCGUGAUCGCCGUCGACCAAGAGGCGAUCACUAUGCACCAGGGCGAGACUAUCGGAAUCCUCGUGGACUUACUCGUCGCUCCCCUGCUACAGCAACAGAGUGGCGGAGGGGUCGUUCUACCUCGCCGAAUCCGCGCGGCUCAAUUCACGAUCGAUUACGGUCACCCUCGUCAUCACGUCAAACUAGGCCACACAUUGAGAGAGAUACGCUUGAAAGGCGUGGGCGGAAUGAGGGCAGUUAUAGACCGGAUUACACCAACACCGCGGAUCUCCGGCGUACCUCAGAUGCGGGAUACAACAUGGAAGAGCGUCCUGCUCGCCGUGAAGAGCGCGAUCCCCGUGGCGAUGAACCCUCCCUUCUAGGGCGGAUUUCAACUCCAGGAGGACGUGGAAACACUGUCCGCGGCAGGGGGCGCGGAAGAGGUGACGCUGGGAGAGGAAGAGGUGGUGCCAGUGGCCGAGGUCGAGGACAACAACCAUUACAACAGAGGCCCUUGGAGGAACGCAUCGCGAAAUAGGGUGAAGAGCUGGUUUUUGUAAAGGUUUGAUAUUUUUUCUCGAGUUUAUUCCUUCAUGUCCUGCAGUGGUCUCAUGUUCUCUGUGCUAUAUGCCUUUUUCUUCAUGUUUACCGCCCACAAAGUGCAAAGAGUCAUUAAUUCAUUGAUCAUGUG